GUUUCUAAGUUAGUAGGAGUAACGCAAAGAUAGGUAGCAACUCAAGGUAUGCUGCAAUCACUAAUAGAUUGAAUGGCUGAGGGGCUCUCCUGUGAACAGGUAUGGCAUAUUCUAUUCACUUCGAAAUGCAGUAGUGCUGGGUUUAUUAUUAGUUAUGAAACUAUCGAUAUGGGGGGUAAGACCCUUCAUAAGUGGCUUUCUUUUUUUAAUGUUUACGAUUCAGAGUUAUUGAAUAUAUUGAUGAAAUAUAUGCAACUACAAUUCUGGAAACCUGUUUCCUAUUACAGAUGUUGAUACUAAAAGAACUGAUAAUAGAACUGAUAGUAUCUUUAACCUACCACUGCUGAAACCACUGUAUAUAUAGGAAUUUCCACUUUAUUCACUACUUGUCAAAUCUUCAUUAUAGUUAUCCUUUUCAGGGUAAUUAAUCAUUUGACUAGCAUUACUAAAUCUAUCAAAAAAGCUCUCUUCCUGGAAGGGAUAGCAGUUUCUAAAUUUGCACUAUGUAGUUCUUACAGUAUUAUACAUCUUAUGACAUAC